AUGACUGACCUCCCCGAAAUCGACAGACUAUCACUCAAACCCAAUCAGUCCGCCGGAAAAACCCCCGUUUCCGAACACACCUCCAGUGGCUCCGGCACCCCGGUCACCCCAGGACGAGUGCCCCAGCUGCCUCCGCUCUCCACCAGCCAUAUACACAUGAACGAAGACAUCCAGGCCCGUUUGUUGGCGUUCCAGCAAAAGCGAACAAAAGCGCCCCCCAUUCCCACCGAGCGGUCGCAAUCGGCCAACGACGUGGGCGACAAAGCCACCAUUCCAUCGCCGUCCGCAGCCGAGCAGUACCGCAAACCGGCGGAGAAACAGACGCUCUCGCAGCGCCGGGGAUUGGCGCUAAAUAUUGGUGACAUUGCUAGCGGAACUACAAGUCCAGAAACCCUGUCUUCGCCGGGUCUUAGUCCACCGAUCCAGAUGAACGAGGGUGCUCCUCCACUUAGUACCACCGGUGAGCUCGGUCGGCGGUUGUCGGAAAGAAGAAAAAAGCCCAAUUUCAAAUUGCGCUUGGACCAGCCGUCGUCGAAUUUGGCAAAUGGUGUGGAACUGAAGCUCGCUGCCGCCGAAGAAGUUUCCGACAAAAAACCUCAGUUACAGGGACUUUUCGCAAACUACUCCAAAUACGUUGACAUCAAGCUGGGCUCGCUCAAUUUCGCUGGAAAGGCGUCGCUUCAUUCGAAAGGUAUAAACUUUCUGUCGGGUUCUUCGUUCCACAUAUCGUUGGACCAGCUCGAGUUUCUCGAAGAAUUGGGCCAUGGAAAUUACGGAACCGUACGUAAAGUGCUACACAAGCCUACCGGGGUGCUCAUGGCAAUGAAGGAAGUGAGACUAGAGCUAGACGAAUCGAAAUUUACUCAGAUUUUGAUGGAGUUGGAAAUUUUGCACAAGUGCGAUUCUCCGUAUAUCGUUGACUUUUACGGGGCCUUUUUCGUCGAGGGUGCUGUUUACAUGUGUAUCGAGUACAUGGACGGUAACUCGUUGGAUAACGUCUACAGCAAGGACGAGGGGAUCCACGACGAAGCAUGUCUCGCAUAUAUCACCGAGUGCAUUAUUCGAGGACUUAAAGACUUGAAAGACAAGCAUAAUAUCAUCCACCGUGACGUUAAACCCACGAAUAUUCUCAUUAAUACUCACGGCAAGGUCAAGCUCUGUGACUUUGGUGUGCUGGGUAAUCUCGUGGCCUCGUUGGCGAAAACGAACAUUGGGUGCCAAUCAUACAUGGCUCCGGAACGUAUAAAGUCACUCAAGCCUGACGAUGGAACCUAUUCAGUACAGCUGGAUGUGUGGCUGUUGGGAUUGUCGAUUUUGGAGAUUGCCUGUGGUAUGUAUCCAUAUCCUCCAGAGACCUACGACAACAUUUUUUCACAGUUGAGUGCCAUUGUGGAAGGAGAACCGCCACGACUCGAUCCCAAGAUAUUCUCCGCUGAAGCACAACAGUUUGUGCGUUUAUGUCUCAACAAAAACCCCGAUCUUCGUCCAUCGUAUGACAACUUACUUGAACAUCCAUGGUUGGUAAAGUACCGAAAUGUGGACUGCCAUAUGGCCGAGUAUGUUACUAAACGACUCGCGGAGAAUGCCAAAAGCAAGACUGAUGCUCCAGCACCCGAAAAAGCUGGACCCAAGGGUCCUAAAGGCGCGGAAGAUGUGCGGACAUUGCUCAAGAACAAGGUGCGGGCACCUGCGUUGCACCGGGGAGGACUUCCAGCAGCGCGGAGAUAA